GAUGUUAUAUGCGUCUCUCAAAAUCGUGAUGGACAGAAAACGAGAACCGAAACCGAGGAAGUGGGGGGGAAACGCACACGAACGAAAGCAAUGGCGACCGCCGAAGGAAACGCGGCGAUUCGGCCUGGGCUGGUUUAACAGGUCUGACUACCGUUUCCACUUAAAACGAUUUAGAAAAGCGGAAGUGAAGAAGCGGAGUUCAAGAGCGUGUAGCAGAGUAAAUCCCGCAUUACUAUCAAGAUAAACCAAAGGUUCUUAUUUUCCACGAUGCCUGAGGAAUACUAUGGGAAGAACGGAGAGCCGAAGAAGUUUGAUCCUACAUUCAGAGGGCCCAUACACAACAGGGGCUGCACCGACAUCAUUUGCUGCAUCCUAUUUAUUUUGGCCAUAUUGGGUUAUUUUGCAGUGGGAAUUCUGGCAUGGUCUCAGGGGGACCCCAGGAAGGUCAUCUACCCCACGGACAGCAGGGGGCAGUUCUGUGGGCAAGUUGGUACCCCUCUGGAGAAGAAACCCAAUCUGUUCUACUUCAACAUCAUGAAAUGUGCCAGCCCACUGGUUCUACUGGAGCUUCAGUGUCCAACCACACAGGUCAGGAAUCUUGCAGUAUCUCCUCGUCACCCACCCAUGUUUUUCAGUUGUAUUUCUCCUAAGUACACGCAGGUGCUUCUUUGAUCUCCUUGCUGGAUU